AGCUCAUGGAUGGAAACGGAUCAAUGAGCUUUGACUUUCUGAAGAAGAAGCAUCCUGGUUUAGGCAUUAUGUUGAUCAACCAGCAUAUACGGAUCUUCACUGGGGAAUGUUUGUGCCUUUUAUUAAAGGAUCUGGUACUGAGGAGCAGCAAGAGAAAUGGUUGCCGUUGGCAUAUAAGAUGCAAAUUAUUGGUUGCUAUGCACAGACUGAACUUGGUCAUGGCUCCAAUGUUCAAGGGCUUGAGACCACUGCAACUUUUGAUCCAAAGACUGACGAGUUUGUUCUUAAUAGUCCUACACUCACUUCAAGCAAAUGGUGGCCUGGUGGUUUGGGAAAAGCUGCUACACAUGCUGUUGCUUUUGCCCGUCUUAUUACUGAUGGAAAAGACCAUGGAGUAAAUGGUUUCAUUGUCCAACUUCGGAACUUGGAUGAUCACUUACCUCUUCCAGGCAUAACAGUUGGUGAUAUCGGCAUGAAAUUUGGAAAUGGAGCAUACAACUCCAUGGACAAUGGUGUCCUGAGAUUUGAUAAUGUCCGCAUACCAAGGGAUCAAAUGUUGAUGAGGGUCGCACAAGUUACAAGAGAAGGAAAAUAUGUCCAAUCCAAUGUUCCCCGACAGCUACUUUAUGGAACAAUGGUUUUUGUGCGGCAAACAAUUGUCGCUGAUGCUUCCACUGCUCUAUCACGGGCAGUAUGUAUUGCCACUAGGUAUAGUGCUGUUCGUCGACAGUUUGGUUCAGAAAAUGGUGGUGUUGAGACACAGGUGAUCGAUUACAAGACUCAGCAAAGUAGGCUCUUCCCUUUGCUGGCUUCCGCAUAUGCUUUCAGAUUUGUUGGUGAGUGGUUGAAAUGGCUAUAUACGGAUGUAACACAAAAGUUGCAAGCAAAUGAUUUCUCCACAUUGCCUGAAGCUCAUGCAUGCACUGCGGGUCUGAAGUCACUGACUACUUCUGCAACUGCUGAUGCCAUUGAAGAAUGUCGGAAAUUAUGUGGUGGGCAUGGUUAUUUAUCUAACAGUGGGCAUGAGAAUGCUUUAAUAGGCCUAGGUCUUGGAGCCGGUGUUGGGCUAUUGUUACUACUCAUUGGUGUAUGCUGGGUACACAAAAUCGUCAAGAAAAGGAAAACCAUUGCACGCAAGAAAAUGCUUUUCAAACGAAAUGGUGGUUUAUUGUUAGAGCAACAGUUAUCGUCUGGCGAAGUUAAUGUUGACAAUAUCAAGUUAUUCAAUUCAAAGGAAUUAGAAAAGGCCACCAACAAUUUUAGUAUUGAUAGAAUUCUUGAUCAGGAAGGUCAAGGUACCGUUUACAAAGGCAUGUUGGCAGAUGGAAGAAUUGUUGCAAUAAAGAAGUCCAAAAUUUUGGACAAAAGCAUGCUCUCGGAAUUCAUUCAUGAGGUUGUAAUUCUUUCACAAAUCAACCACAGAAAUGUGGUUCAAAUUAUGGGUUGUUGUUUAGAGACCGAAGUUCCACUUUUGGUCUACGAAUUCAUUCCAAAUGGAACUCUUUCUCAAUAUAUCCAAGGGCAAAUUGAGGAAUUCCCACUCACAUGGGACAUGCGGCUGCAAAUUGCCACAGAAGUUGCAGGAGCUCUUUCGUACGUACACGGUGUAGCUUCCUUUCCCAUAUAUCAUAGAGACAUCAAGUCUGCCAACAUACUUUUGGAUAGAAAAUACAGA